UCGGCGUGGCGCGCGCGCCUGGGGGCCCCCCGCCACCCCCCGGACGCGCGCGCACACACCCCGCCACAGUUGCGGAGAGCAGCCCCCCCGCCCCCGGCUGUGGGAAGGGGCCGGGCCAACCUCCUGACGUCUGUGCGGGGCUCGGAAGAUGGCUGCGGAGCCGAGCACCGGGCAGUGGCUGCGGCGGCGGCGGCGGGCGGGGAGCGCAGCGGGCGGGGGCUCCGCCUUGCGCGUGGGGCGCUGAGCCGAGAGGCGGCGGAGGCGGCGAGAGUGCGCGGGGGGCUUCGAGGGGCCGCUGCGAGCCGCCUCCCCGCCAGCCGCCGCACCAUGGGCAGCGCGGAGGGCGCAGUCAAAGAGAAACUGCUGUGGAACGUGAAAAAGGAGGUGAAGCAAAUCAUGGAGGAAGCUGUCACCAGGAAGUUUGUGCAUGAAGACAGCAGCCACAUCAUUGCUCUGUGUGGUGCAGUGGAGGCAUGCCUCUUGCAUCAGCUGAGACGCCGUGCUGCUGGCUUUCUGCGUAGUGACAAGAUGGCAGCCCUGUUUACCAAGGUGGGGAAGACAUGCCCAGUGACUGGGGAGAUUUGCCACAAGGUCCAAGAGCUGCAGCAAAAAGUAGAGGGCAGGAAACCCUCAGCAGGCAGCCAAGAGGCCCUGAAGAGACAGAGCUCUGCCAGUGGGAGGACCCCAACCCUUAGCCCUCAGGCCUUGAAACACAUAUGGGUACGCACUGCACUCAUCGAGAAAGUGCUGGACAAGAUCGUGCAGUACUUGGUGGAGAACUGCAGCAAGUACUACGAGAAGGAGGCGUUACUGGCGGACCCUGUGUUUGGCCCCAUCUUGGCCUCUCUUCUAGUGGGGCCCUGUGCCUUGGAGUACACCAAGCUCAAGACAGCUGAUCACUACUGGACCGACCCCUCUGCUGAUGAACUGGUCCAGAGGCACCGUAUCCAUGGUGCCCCUAAUCGCCAGGACUCCCCUGCAAAGCGCCCAGCCCUAGGCAUCCGGAAGCGGCACUCAAGUGGCAGCACGUCAGAGGACAGGCUAGCUACCUGUGCCCGGGAGUACGUGGAGUCCCUGCAUCAGAACUCGAGGACAAGGCUGCUCUACGGCAAGAACAAUGUGCUGGUGCAGCCGAAAGAGGACAUGGAAGCUGUCCCUGGCUACCUCUCCCUGCACCAGUCUGCAGACAGCCUGACUCUGAAGUGGACCCCUAACCAACUCAUGAAUGGGACUCUUGGGGACUCUGAGCUGGAAAAAAGCGUUUACUGGGACUAUGCUCUGGUUGUGCCCUUCAGCCAGAUUGUCUGCAUCCAUUGCCACCAGCAAAAGAGUGGUGGCACACUCGUGCUGGUGAGCCAGGAUGGCAUCCAGAGGCCACCACUGCACUUCCCACAGGGGGGACACCUGCUGUCCUUUCUGUCAUGCCUGGAGAAUGGGCUUCUGCCUCGAGGGCAGCUUGAGCCCCCACUCUGGACCCAGCAGGGAAAGGGGAAGGUGUUCCCCAAGCUCCGGAAGCGCAGCAGCAUGCGGUCUGUGGACAUGAAGGAGAUGGGCCUGGGGCGGGCCACAGACUACGUGUUCCGGAUCAUUUACCCUGGCCACAGGCACGAACACAUCACUAUUAACUACCACCACCUAGCGGCCAGCCGAGCGGCCUCGGUGGACGAUGAUGAGGAAGAGGAGGAUAAACUACACGCGAUGCUCUCAAUGAUCUGCUCGCGGAACCUCACAGCUCCCAAUCCGAUGAAAGAUGCUGGUGACAUGAUCGAGAUGCAGGGCUUUGCACCCAACCUGCCAGCCUGGCACCUGGAGCCCUUGUGCAGCCAGGGCUCCUCUUGCCUCUCCUGCUCCACCAGCAGCUCCUUGUUUGCCACCCCCAGCCAUUGCAACUGUGUUCCUGACCGGUUGCCCCUCAGGCUACUGUGUGAGAGCAUGAAGAGGCAGAUCGUAUCCAGGGCCUUCUAUGGCUGGCUGGCAUACUGUCGCCACCUGUCCACAGUGCGGACUCACCUGUCAGCGCUGGUGCAUCACAAUAUCAUCCCACCUGGCCGGCCCCCAGGUGCCUCUGGGGGCCUCACCAAAGACGUGUGGAGCAAAUACCAGAAGGAUGAAAAGAACUAUAAGGAGCUGGAGCUGCUGCGGCAAGUUUAUUACGGAGGUGUGGAACAUGAGAUCCGUAAGGACGUCUGGCCCUUUCUGCUUGGUCACUACAAGUUUGGCAUGGCUAAAAAGGAGAUGGAGCAGGUGGACGCAGCAGUGGCCGCGAGGUACCGGCAGGUUUUGGCAGAAUGGAAGGCCUGUGAGGUGGUGUUGAGGCUACGAGAGCGGGAGGCUCAGCCAGCCACACUCACCAAGUUCUCCUCGGGCAGCAGCAUCGACAGCCAUGUGCAGCGCCUCAUCCACCGUGAUUCCACCAUCAGCAACGAUGUAUUUAUCUCUGUGGAUGACUUGGAGCCCCCCAGGCCCCCAGGUUCUGAAGAUUCCAAACCAGAGCCUGAGCAGGAACCAGGAGCUGAGCCCCAGAGCACCACCGUGGUGGAACAGCAGCAGUCAGUAGAGUUUGACUCUCCAGAUUCAGGACUGCCUUCCUCGAGAAAUUACUCCAUGGCCUCGGGCAUCCAGUCAAGCAUAGAUGAGGGCCAGAGCAUGGGCUUUGAGGAAGAGGACGGUGGUGGGGAGCCCAGUGGGUCAGUCCCUGCAGCUCACGCUUUCCCAGAGUCCCACGAUUCCAGCCAGGAGAAGGCCUCUCAGGCCAGUGAACUGGAGGCCGCGGAGGAGCUUGCGACUGUGUGUGCUGCUGCCUACACUAUAGAAUUACUGGACACUGUGGCCUUAAAUCUGCACCGAAUAGACAAGGAUGUACAGCGAUGUGACCGAAACUACUGGUAUUUCACAUCCCCCAACCUCGAGAGGCUCAGAGACAUCAUGUGCAGCUACGUGUGGGAGCACCUGGACGUGGGCUAUGUGCAGGGCAUGUGUGACCUCCUGGCACCUCUCUUGGUCGUCCUGGACAAUGAUCAGCUGGCCUACAGCUGCUUCAGCCACCUCAUGAAGAGGAUGAGCCAGAACUUUCCCAAUGGGGGUGCCAUGGACACUCACUUUGCCAACAUGCGCUCCCUCAUCCAGAUCCUGGACUCAGAGCUGUUUGAACUGAUGCAUCAGAAUGGAGACUACACCCACUUCUACUUCUGUUACCGCUGGUUCCUGCUGGAUUUUAAGAGAGAGCUGCUGUAUGAAGACGUGUUUGCUGUGUGGGAGGUGAUCUGGGCAGCUCGGCACAUCUCAUCGGAGCACUUUGUCCUGUUCAUUGCCCUGGCCCUGGUGGAGGCCUACCGUGAGAUUAUCCGCGACAACAAUAUGGACUUCACAGACAUCAUCAAGUUCUUCAAUGAACGUGCUGAGCGUCACGACGCGCAGGAGAUCCUGAGGAUUGCCCGGGACCUUGUCUACAAGGUGCAGAUGCUCAUAGAGAACAAGUGAGGAGUGUAGCCAAGAGGAUACCACUGUGCAGAGUCUGGGCUCCAGGCCUCUAGCCCCACAGGGAGAUGCAGGGGCAUUGCAGCAGAGACUGCCCCAACCCACAGCCAACCCUGUCUGCCCAACUGUGUUCCUAACAAAGUGCUGUGAGCUUGGGAUCCGACUUUGGGCAGUGCUGGCUCUGCAGGGCAGUUGUGGGCCAGAAGGCCUGCUCAGGUCUGGGUUGGGAUGGGAGAGGAUGGCCUCAAGGAUCAGCUGCAUUGGGCAACAACUACUUUGUUUCCCCGUCCCCACUGCCCUCAGCUUCAGCCUAGACUAUUCCCCUGCCCUCUCCCUGUCAAUCUGGAGCCCUGUAGUCCCUACCUGGCAGUGAUGUAGGACAAGGGACUCUGUGCUCUGUCUCUUCAGAGCAUCCCCUUGCAGGCCCAGUGUAUGUGUACACAUCAAUCCCAGCUGGGACAGCUAGAACAGCUGUCAUUCUGGGUGCGUGUCCUGGGCACAGGAGACAUGGCCUGCCUCUGGGACUUCACUGCGACUGGGGUAGGCAGAUGAGGGACCUGGGAAGAAAUGGUCCACUUCAGCAGCACUGCCACUGCUCCUUGAGCCUGUACAGCACGCACCCCGUGCACCUGUGCAGUCUCACUUACCACCCUGCUCUUGCUUUACGCAUUGGACGCAUCCCUGAAAAUAUCAACAAUGCUUUUGCCUGCUGGAGGAUCUGCAAUGAAGUAGGAGCACUUGCUUUCACACGGAAUCCCAGAGUGAUUUCUAGGGGGGAAAUUCUGUCAUAGCCUCCUCUCAGGGACAAGCCCAGAGUUUGGGGACAGCACAUUCAGGCAACUGCCUAAUCCCUGAGGCUGAGGGGUGGGUAGUGUUUGGGUCCUAUUUUUCCCUGGUGAGAAGCAAGACCAGCUCUGCCUUCCACAUGCUUCUCAGGAUGCUGAGAGGCCUAGGGGGCCCAGAAACCCCCCGAAAGGAGCCUCACUCAGGGGGGGUGCUAAGAAAGGUCUAGCUCCUAACCCCAGACCUAGGCAUGUUAUUUACUUUGUCACCCCAACUCUCAAUACAUGCAGGCUAAACCCCAGGGUGAGGCUCUCACAUCUGAGAGACAUUAAAAAGGGCCCACAGCCCCUCUGCAUCCAGCACAGCCUCCCAGUCCCCCCUUGUCCCCAGGCCCUGCACGGCCUGUUUGGGCACUGGGCUACCCCACUGCCUACCCUUGUCUGUGUUUCUUUGGCCUCCACCAACCACGGUGGCUGUUGUGUGCCUGCCUUAGUGACUCUGAUUUUGUGAGGCGCAGAGUGUGUAUGUUUUUGACUCAGAAACUAUACUCUUCAGAUUAACAGACUAAUAAACAGCAUUUGGCAAUG